GUAUCCCUUAGAGAAAUGUCAAAAGUAUUAGGGAAAUCACAACAUAGGUGUGAAAUCUGUGGUAAAUCAUUCUCUAUAAGUGGUAACUUGAUUAAACACAUUCGUGUUCAUACAGGUGAGAAGCCCUUUCACUGUGAUAUUUGCGGCAAACGAUUCUCUCAAAACAAUCACUUAACUAAACAUAGAAGUAUUCAUACAGGUGAGAAACCAUUUCCUUGCGAAAUCUGUGGUAAAUCCUUCUCUCAAAACAGUAACUUAACUAAACACAAACGUAUUCAUACAGGGGAAAAACCAUUUCACUGUGAUGUCUGUGGCAAAUCCUUCUCUCAGAACAGUACCUUAACUCAACACAAACGUAUUCACACAGGAGAGAAGCCUUAUGAUUGUGAUGUCUGUGGUUCCUCAUUCACUCAAAAUAGUUCCUUAACUCAACACAAGUUGAUACAUACAGGGGAAAAACCACAUCGCUGUGAUAUCUGUGGGAAAUCAUUCUCUUGGAGAAGUAACUUAACUACACAUGCGUCUAUCCAUGGGAAAGUGUGACUGUUGCUGUGUUUGUGUCUUCAUAACUUUGCUCUUUGGUAAAAGUGACUGAUAAAAGACUAUCACAUGACAUUGGCACCAAAGCAUUGUUUCCAUCAGAGAACAUCGUCAAUAUUCAUCACUUUUUAAAGACUGAAAGAAAAUGUUGUACAGAACAGAUUUAAGAACUCCAGAGAAUUCCAGUGAAAUAUUUCUUCUCAACUGAGAUUGAUAGAAACAUUUCUCUUGUGAAAUGCUUGGAAUGUCUACAAGAUUAUUUUGUACUGAAAUUAAACUUGGAUAAUUAUUGAAAGGAAUCUCAGAGUAUUUUCAGACACCAAGAAGGAUUACAGUUGAUGGAAAGAAAACUGUGGCAAUAUUUAUUAGGAAUAAUCUGUAAGACAAGAACAAAAACUGUGUCCACAUGUGUUGUGGUGAUUGAAGUAAGAUAAGGGACAAACGGAUUAUAUAGGAUUAGUUGAAGAGGACAUUUUUAUUCUGA